AUGCCAAACUGGAAUCCUCUCCCAAUUUUUCUUUGCAUUACAAUUUUCCCCUAUUCCUACGCAAUCUACCUCCCUACCUACUAUUUCAACACCUGCAAUGCUAGUGAUACCUCAAAAGCCAGGGAUUGUCUUACGCCAGUGACCACAUCAUUUAAAGGAGCAACUAUAAAUUUCGAGAAUUUCACCACAGAUGAAGGUCAGGAGAUUGUGAAGAAAUGUGAGAGUGCUAAGACGUGCCUCUCAAACCUCCCUUGUCUCGCUGACACUCAAAUCUCCAAAAUGCUCAAUGUGCUCUGUGAUGUCACCACCUAUUAUUUCAAUGGGUACGCCGAUUGCCAAAAGAAAAUGACCACGCCUCCUGCGUGUAUGGUAGAGGCUCAUGAUCUAUGGGUACAACUCGGUCAGCUCGAAUACCCGUGCUACAUCAUUGGUACAUACCGUGAAUGUAUCGAAAAGGGUAUUACUAACGUGUGUGGAGUGGAGAAAUGGAAACCGUGGGUGAAGAUAAUUGGCGAGUGGAAAAUUGCAGACAAUGCCAAUUGUACUCCAGCUGUUCCGAUUUGA